AUGUCGAACGAAUUGAUGCAGGGCGUGGCGCUCUAUAAAGAGCUGCUGUGUGUGUAUCACAACUUGAAGGGGAGUGAACUGGACAUAAGUAACGGAGACGUACAGGCACUUUUCCAAAUAAAGGAAGAGCUAAAUCAGCCCAUAACUUGUGACAUUGGUAAGUGCAAAGAAAUAUUAGCCAAACUGAAGAUCGUUUUGAUCCACCUACCUUCAGUUGAUCCUCUAGUACCCAUCGGAAAAAAAAACACAACUGAAUUACUUCUCGCUAGACAUAUUUUAGAAAAAGGAGUAGUCGUAUCUAUUAUGGAUAGGGAUAUUAAAUCUUUUUCCAUUUACAUGGCACAGUUAUUGUUGUACUACACGGACUACAAGAACUUCCUUCCGAAGAGUGAACACCAGAAUGGAAUUAUCGGUAUGUAUUUGCUUUACUUACUCUCCUCUAAUUUAAUAGGAGACUUUCACAUGACGUUAGAGAUUAUCUCUAUUGAGGAUCAGAGUGAUGAAUACAUAAGGUAUGUCCUUGAACUUGAGCAACACAUAAUGGAUGGGUACUUCUAUCACGUGCUUACCAGGAAGGAUGAUAUACCCUUGCAUUUAUAUGGCCUCUUCAUUGAAAGGCUGUAUAAUACCAUUAGGCAUAAGUUGGCUGACUGUAUAUUCGCUUCUUCCAACUGUAUCUCGUUGGAGUAUGCUUGUGAGUUGUUAAAGUUUGUGAGUGAAAAGGAAUUGUACCAGUUUAUUGGAGAGUAUAAUGAGACGAAAACAACUCAGGGGGAAUGCAACAUCCUGUGGGAAGUCCGUAACAACAAGAUCUAUUUUAAUAACCAGACUGUCCACGUGCAGGACCUCCCCGCGCUUGAGGUGCUCAACAACACCAUCGGCUACGCCACGGAGCUCGAGCGCAUCGUAUAG